UCACUGAAAAACAAUCACGGCAUGUCACAGCUAUGUAAUGCGCAUGCGCACUAGCGUCCUUUCUCUCUCUCUGCCUUCUCAGAAAGUCGCAGCCAUGGCCAAGUCAAAGAAUCACACUGCCCACAACCAGUCUUACAAAUGGCACAGAAACGGUAUCAAGAAGCCCAGAAGCCAGAGAUACCAGGCUCUUAGUGGAAUGGACCCAAAAUUUAUCCGCAACCUUCGUUUCGCCAAGAAGCACAACAAGCGUGUGCAGCAGAAACCCGAGAGCAAGUAGAGGAUAUGUUUUGAUUCAAGAAAAGACUGGCUAUACGGCUGACCUAAA